GCCCGGCCGCCGCCGCCAGCGGCAACGAGCUGGGCAGGGUGGCGCGGCCGUGCCCCACGGCCGGCAUGCGGACCCCCGACGGCAAGGAGACGGCCCAGCGCCUGGCGAGAGAAAAACUCACUCACCUAGUACGGAGACUCCUGCAAGCAUGGAAGGAACCACUUUCUCACUUUAGUCAGAUGAUUAGUCAUCACCAAGAAUUAUCCAACGACAGCCUUCACAGAGCAAUGCAAAUCAGUAAUAUGGUGCAUGAGCUGGAGAUUGGAGUAGAAAAAGUAACAGAGAAGUUUUGACUUUACAACACUUGAUCCGAUGCGAUGCCACACCAGCGAACAAGUUUGCUGCAUUGCUCAUCUCCCUGGAGAACAUCUAUCCAAACUUCCUUGGACACUUUCUUUAAGAAAGCAGACAAGACUCCAGAAAAACCUGCA